GCAUACUUCAGGCGAUACUUGAGAUGCUUCAGAGCUCUUAAACACACACAGCAAAGCAGAGCUGCAUGAUCCUAUGCGCCUGCACCGUGUAGUCGGUCUGACAGACACAUAUAUAUAUAUAUAUAUAUAUAUACAUGUUGUGGUCAGUGCAAAGCGACGAGAUUGAGGGACUCAGACAAGAUGAGAGCGCUGUUCAGAACCGUUUGCUUCGCUAUAGGUCUUCUGAAAUGUCUGGGGGAAGCAGAAACGUUUGCCUGUGGCCGGAGAACAGUGGGAGCGAGUCGUAUCGUGGGGGGAAGUGAUGCGCAGAAAGGGGCGUGGCCCUGGCAGGUCAGCAUCAUGAAACAGGGCUUUCCCAUCUGCGGGGGAUCACUGAUCAACAAGAACUGGGUUCUCAGCGCAGCACACUGCUUCCAGAGUUCCAGCAAUGUGAAUCUCUUCACAGUGCGUCUGGGGGCCCUGUCUCUGAGCCAGCAGCAGGGUGUGGACAUGAGGUUGCUGCGCAUUGUUGUGAGACCCGGGUUCAAGUCCGCUGAGCAGGGAGGCGAUGCUGCCCUGUUACAGCUGGAGCAGCCCGCCCCCCUCUCCGAAACCAUCCUCCCAGUGUGCCUGCCCACCCCCUCCACCCCCUUCACAGCGGGACAGGAGUGCUGGGUGACUGGCUGGGGUAACAUCAAGGAGGGAGUGCCCCUGUCAGGCCCGCGCACUCUGCAGCAGGUCAUGGUCCCGCUGGUGGGCAGCGGGUCCUGUGACAUCAUGUACCACAUCGGCACCCCCAUCAGCAAGAGCGUGCCCAUCAUCCUACCAGACAUGAUCUGCGCGGGGUACCAGGAGGGGAGCAAGGACUCCUGUCAGGGCGACUCUGGGGGUCCCUUGGUGUGCUCCAGUCCAGACGGUUCGUGGAUCCUGGCCGGGAUUGUGAGUUGGGGGGAAGGCUGCGCCCUGCCCAAUCGACCGGGGGUGUACGCGCGCGUCACUUCCUUCCUGCCCUGGAUCCAGGAGACCCUGGGGCUGCCCGUCCAAACCACUUUCGGGUCGGGCACCAGCCUCGCCAGCAGCAGUCAGAACUCCCAGUCCAGUCUGAUCUCCGGGACUGUGUUCUCUCAAAUAAAACCAUCAAACUCCAAGGCUUUCUCUUUCAAACCCAGCACCUUGAGUCCGCUGGCACUGGCUGUAUUGACUUUGUUAGCGUUAUAAAAAAACAGGGAUGGAAAUACAGCUAUAAAGAGUAAUACAAGACCAGUGGAGUGAAAUUGAGAAACUGAGACCGCGUUUGUUAAGAGACAAUUGAACUAAUGUUGCUUCCCAACGUUGAAUGAAACCUGUUGAAUAAUAUUCGCCUCGCCACCUCAGUUUUAUAUGAAUUUAUCUGUGAUGUGUCGGGUGUCUCUCAUAACAUGCUUCUAAAUCUCUGGUGUCUCUCUCUAAUCAUGUUGAGUGUGUUUCUUUCUGUUUCAGAUUUUUAAAAAAAACCUGUAAUCAAUUGUACUGUGGACGCAUUUCUCAGCUGUGCUUGAGAGACACGAAUUGGCUCAACAGGGAUCAAUUCAAUACUUUAAAGGAGAGGAGAAAAAUCUGAGAAAAAUACAAAAAAAAUCACAAGCCCUAGUUAUGUUGUAGGUGUGACUGGACAUUAAAAACACAUUUUAUUAAAUGGCACACAGUUGCAGAAGCGGGUUCUGAAUUCAGCAAAACAGGCAGGUGUGUGAUCUGUGUUUUUAAUACUGGUUUUGAAAAUCCUGAUAAAUCAAACUGCACUCAUUGGCGGUUCUCUCAAAACUUCUGUGUUUCUAAUGCUUGUUUUGUCAAAUUUAUUGGCUGAUUAUCUACUUUGUAAGCAAGGUCAUUUCCAUACCAUUGUCUCGAUUAUAAACACUGUUUUUAAAACAUUAAAUGAAUCAUUUGCCUA